AUGGCGAGGACGUGGUCGCACGCGUAUCUCCUUGCGUUAGCUAUAACGCUAACGCGAGCUUACCUCAUCCUUGUCCCUGACACUGCGCCACCGGGUCACGUUGUCCUAGAUGCCGCCGUCUAUAAGCUAGGUUCUGAACGUACCUACACAAUUGACGUACAUCGCACUGCCAACUUCGUUCAUCACGUCCUUCGCGUUAAUAAAACUACUGGGCUCGUCACCCUCAGGAAGAAACUACGAUGCGAUGGUGUUCUCUACCCUAACCUCUUCACUUUCUACGUUGACUCGACUUCGGAACGCAUACGUGAUAUUGAUUACUACAGUCUGCCAAUAAGAGUGCUAGUGACAGGGGAAGACUGUAGCAGGCGACAUGCGGAUCUUUACGAUAUUGAUUUUGAUCGGGUAUAUGAUCAAGAUGAUGCAGCAUUACAAUACGAAGAUGAUCACGUCAGAGACAGAAGAGAAGCAGUAUAUGCUUUUCGUCCCGACAUGAUAGACUGGAGGUUAAUGGAAGAAGAAGAAUUAUUUUCUAGUCAAUAUAAAGUGCUAUCAACGGCAAAUCCUUGGACGAAUACUAUAUUCGAAGACUUUGCAGCUAGAAAUAGGAGUAGAAACAAAAGAUCUCUGUCAUUAGUACCUUUCGAUAUGGCCAUAGAUGUUAAGAUUGCUGAAGCAAAACAAUGGAUUUCCGAAACUUAUGCGAGUUUUUCUAUACCCACUACGGAUCGAUGGCAAGGGAUAUGUCUAAAACAAUCCCAAUUCAUAAAUUCAUUAACAGCUUUCUUACCCCGGACAGUUCAAAAAAUGUGUAAAGUUCAGUUCUUGGAUGUGAGUGACCCUCGCUUUUUGAUCGAGAGUAGCCAGGGUGAUUUGGUAGCAAGUAGUGAUUUAUGCAUUCAGGAGCCUAUGUGGAAAGUAUCAGUACUCUUCACGUUUAAUUGUGAUAAAUCUAAUAUUGUAGACUCCGAUCACCGACUUAAAAUAGUGUACCAUCAUCAAGAGCUAAAUGAUACAGAUAUAGCGCGAAGGGUGAAGAGGGAAUUGCGGAACCAGUCGCCUUACUUCGAGCAGGCGCUUUAUGUUGCUUCCGUCGCUGAGGAGCAGGAACCAGGCGUCGUUGUCACAACUGUAAGAGCUCGGGACCCUGAGAACAGUCCAGUUACAUACUCCAUGUCAAGUUUGUUGGAUUCCCGAUCCGCCGGCAUGUUUGCGGUGGAUACAAGGUCGGGAGUGGUGACUACACAAGCAAGGCUGGAUCGAGAAAGAUUGGAUGUGCAUUACUUUAGAGUUGUGGCACAAGAUGAUACGUUCCCACCUAGAAGUGGGACUACUACACUUCAGAUCAACGUGCUGGAUUGCAAUGAUCACGCACCAGUCUUCGAAAUGCAACAGUAUGAGGCGUCAGUUCGCGAAGGUGCCAGCCCUGGUACCACAGUACUCACUUUAAAGGCGACCGACCAAGACAUUGGUAACAAUGCACAGGUGGAAUAUUCGAUAGACUCCGUAUCAGCGGACAGUCUCAAUCCAGAAGAUGUGAAUGAAUCAAUUGACGGCAACAAGGAACAGACGGACAUACAGGACGUAUUUAGAGUUGACGGCAGAAGCGGGGCGCUUCUUACCAGAGCACCCCUUGAUAGAGAGAAAGUGUCCCGUUAUACUGUCAUAGUAAAAGCUACAGACCAAGCCAGUCCUAUGUCUGAUAGAUUGUCAAGCAGCGCCACAGUUCACGUGAACAUAAUAGACGACAACGACAACUACCCUCAGUUCAGCGAGAAAACUUACACCGUUACAAUUGAAGAAGACAUCAGUGUUGCUGACAACCCUAUAAUCGCCAAAAUCAAGGCGACCGACGCAGACGUGGGGCCGAACGCAGCAAUCCGCUACGCGAUCAUCGGCGGUAACACACAGAUGCAGUUCUCGAUCGACAGUCUGAGCGGUGACGUGGCAUUAGUUAAGGCGCUAGACUACGAACAAGUUCGCAGCUACCGUCUCGUCAUCAGAGCUCAAGAUGGGGGCAGUCCGUCUCGUUCUAAUACCACGCAGCUGUUGGUAAACGUAAAGGACGUAAACGACAAUGCGCCAAGAUUCUACACUUCGUUAUUUCAAGAAUCCGUCAGCGAGAGUGUGCCCGUUGGCUAUAGCAUCGUCAGGGUACAAGCCUAUGAUGCUGAUGAAGGCGUCAACGCUGAACUUACCUACACUUUAUCGGACAAAGAGUACAACGGAAAUAACGACCUACCAAUCACGAUAGACCCUCGCUCUGGAUGGGUGUACACGUCAGGACAACUCGAUAGAGAAGUGCAAGCAAAAUACCAACUACAGGUAACGGCGACAGACAGUGGUGUGCCUCCUCGCUCGGCAACGGCCUCCGUGGCAGUGGUGGUGCAAGAUGUGAACGACAAUGAUCCGGUGUUCUCGCCGCCGCAGUACGAAGUGGAGUUAGCUGAGGAUGAACCGCCUGGCACGCCAGUCGUCACCGUAACCGCUACCGACGCUGAUGAGGAUAACAGGUUGCAUUACGAAAUCACGGGUGGCAACACACGCGGCCGCUUUUCCAUCACGUCGCAGAAUGGCCGCGGGCUGAUCACAGUGGCCCAGCCGUUAGACUUCAAGCAAGAGCGCCGCUACGUUCUUACCGUGACUGCUACUGAUCCUGGUGGAAGAUCUGACGCAGCCAUGGUCCAUAUCAACAUAACCGAUGCCAAUAAUUACGCGCCGGUGUUUGAAAAUGCACCUUAUACUGCAUCGGUAUUUGAAGACGCGCCAGUAGGGACAACGGUACUCGUAGUUUCGGCUACCGACAGCGACGUGGGCGUCAAUGCACAAAUCACCUACAGUCUCAGUUCCGAAAUCUCUAACGAAGCCGUCGCUCACCACGACCAUGAGUUUCUUAUCAACCCGCAUACUGGUGCCAUCACUACAAACAAGCUGCUGGACAGAGAAACUAUGAGUGGAUACCUACUAACGGUCACAGCCCGUGACGGCGGUGUUCCGUCCCUUUCCGACACAACGGACGUGGAAAUAUCUGUUGUAGAUGUAAACGAUAAUCCGCCUGUAUUUAGACAGCAGCUAUACACUUCCAGCAUUAUGGAGGAUGCUCUAGUGGGUACUUCGGUGACGCAAGUGAGCGCAACAGAUGCAGACGUGGGGCUGAACGGGCGCGUGCACUACGAACUGGAGCCACGCGACCGUGAGGAGGGCUCGUUCGUCAUCGACCCCGCGUCCGGUGUGCUGCGCACCAACAAGGCGCUGGACCGCGAGUCCGUCGCCACAUACGACCUCAAAGCACUCGCGAUAGACGGAGGCACACCACCCCAGAGUUCCACUGUAAUAGUCCAUAUCAAAGUCGAAGACAUAAACGAUUCACCACCAGUAUUCGAAAGCGACUGCCUUACAUUUUAUAUACCGGAGAACAGUCCUAUUGGGACCACAGUGGGAGAAAUUCGAGCACAUGAUCCAGAUGAAGGACCAAACGCCGUCAUUCAUUAUUCUAUUAAGGGUGGAGAUGAUUCCAACAGCUUUUCACUAGAGACCCGUCAAGGCUCCGAUAAAGCGGAACUAGUCACAAUGGUAGAUUUGGACUAUGAGAGCCCUCGUAAGAAAUACGAAUUAGUCAUAAGGGCCGCUAGUCCUCCACUAUGGAACGACGUCAGAAUUGAAAUAUUAGUGACCGAUGUAAACGACAAUGCCCCUAUGAUGAAGGAUUUUCAUAUUAUUUUUAAUAACUUUAAAGAUUGCUUUCCCGUGGGGCCGUUUGGUAGAGUUCCAGCAUACGAUGCAGAUGUUUCAGAUAAGCUCCGCUAUCGCAUUUUAUCUGGAAACAAUGCAAAUUUAGUUCUUUUGAACGAAACAACUGGUGCCAUGACACUAUCACCUCAACUGAACACCAACGUACCAAAACUAGCCACCAUGGAAAUAUCCGUUACAGAUGGCGUUAAUGAAAUUAAAGCAAUGAUGCAACUGUCAGUGCGACUGAUAACCGAGGAAAUGUUGUUCAAUUCAAUAACAGUAAGACUAAAUGAUAUGACUGCAGAACAGUUCCUGUCACCAUUGCUAGGUUUCUUCAUAGAUGGACUGGCUGCUAUCAUUCCAUGCCCCAAGGAGAAUAUUUAUUUGUUCAGCGUACAGGACGACACAGAUGUAACUGGCAACAUUCUGAAUGUGUCAUUUUCGGCUCGACGUCCGGAUGCAGAAGUGGGUACAGGCGGUGAUACAUCUCAAUUCUACUCGCCUACGCACUUACGCGAGCGACUUUAUCUCAAUCGCGCCACACUCGCGAGGCUCGCGACUGUACAGGUGUUACCUUUCGACGACAACAUUUGCAUUCACGAGCCGUGCCUUAAUUUUGAGGAAUGCCUUACAGUACUUAAGUUUGGAAACGCCUCGGGCUUUAUAAGCAGUGACACUGUAUUGUUCCGGCCAAUUUAUCCCGUCACGGCUUUCACUUGUCAAUGUCCGCAUGGUUUUACUGGUCUAAGAGAACACUUCUUAUGUGACACGGAAGUAGACCUUUGUUACUCCUCACCCUGUGUCAACAACGGCACGUGUAUGCAACGGGAAGGAGGGUACACUUGUGUGUGUGCUCCUGGAUUUACUGGUGCAAACUGCGAGACGAUUUUAACAAAAGCCACAUGCGAGCUGAACGGGGAUGGAACAAUAUGUCGAAGUGGGUCUCAGUGUGUUCCAAAAAAAGAAGGCGGAAUCUUGUGUCAGGGUUGUACUAUUGAUGCGGAGUACACAACAGCCAUGUGUGAAUUGAGAGCAAGAAGCUUCCCUGCUUCGUCUUUUCUAACAUUCCCUGGCUUAAAAAGGAGACACAGAUUUAAUUUGAAACUUAAAUUCGCUACCACAUCCCCAUCGGGUCUAUUAAUGUAUAACGGUAGAUACAACGAACGUCACGACUUCGUGGCUCUUGAAACUAUCGCUUCUGGCGCAGGAAAAAGUAGUGGCGCAGGUCUACGGUUCUCUUUCUCAUUAGGCGGCACCCGAACCGAAGUUACCGUAGCCGCUCAUGUAGCUGAUGGUGCUUGGCAUUCUGUUGAGAUAAGAUAUUAUAAUCGGACUGUUACAAUGAUAGUUGACGACUGUGACAAGGACUUAUCGUUAGCGGGAGCAAGCGAAUUUGGCAUCAAAUACGCCUGUGCAAACUUCACACGGAAAGUGUUGCCACCACACUGCGAUAUUCCUACUGAAACUUGUCAUAGAUUCCUCGAUCUCACCGGGCCCUUGCAAAUUGGCGGCUUACCAAAUAUUCCAAGCAGCUUCCAAGUGAAGAACAAGGAUUUCGUUGGCUGCAUUUCUGACCUUUACAUCGAUCACAAAUUCCUUGAUCUUAACAGCUACGUAUCGGACAACGGUACAAUAGCGGGCUGCCCGCAGAAACGCUCUCAGUGCAGUUCCGCGCCCUGCCACCACGACGCCGUCUGCAGUGACCUGUGGGAUUCGUUUCUCUGUGAUUGCCCCGAGGGAUACACCGGCCAUGACUGUGCUGAAACAACAUCUCCGCCUUGGCGAUUCAGUGGUGAUGGCAUGUUGUCUUUCAACCCUUUGCUGCGGCCCAUUCAACUGCCGUGGUUCAACGCACUCUCCAUUCGAACGAGGCAACAUGACGCCUUUCUGAUGUCCGUGCAAGUCGGCCAAAACAGCAGUGUCUUUAUUAGUUUGAAAUCUGGGCUUCUUCACUACUCCUACAACGGAGAAUCGAUGUUCCUCCCGUCGACAAAUCUAGCAGAUGGAAACUGGCAUCGAAUCGAGAUCAAGUGGUUAGGAACUGACAUAUCGGUCGGAAUCGAUUACGGACUGCGCAACGCUCUGUUGCCGAUGCUAGCAAACAAGAUACAGGGACAGUAUAUUGGAAAGAUUCUUAUCGGUGGGCCUGAUAGUACUGCCGGUUUACUGGCGUCUGAAGUGGGAUAUUUCGAAGGAUGCAUACAGGACGUCCGUGUGGGAUCAGCACAGUCUCUCCUCAACCGACCAACAGUAAGGGAGAAUGUAAGAGAUGGGUGUCAAUCUAAGGCAGAUUGCAUGCUCUCUAUCUGUCCACCUUAUAGCAAGUGCAAGUCUCAAUGGGACAGUACGGAGUGUGUAUGCGAGCGCGGACGUAUUGGACCGCACUGCACCGCCGCGUGUGACUUGCGUCCUUGCGGCCCGCACGCGGUCUGCGUGCCCGACGACACGCGCAAGGGCUAUAGCUGCAAAUGUGAGCAGGGCUACACUAUGACCGCGGACGGGUGCGAGGAACAGCACGAGGAGGAGUGCCCGGGUGGGUGGUGGGGCGUGACGGCGUGCGGGCCGUGCGACUGCGACAUGGCGCGCGGCUUCCACCCGCACUGCGCGCUCCGGGACGGGCGCUGUCGCUGCAAGGAGAAUCACUACAAGCCGCCUGAGUCGGAGGUGUGCCUGCCGUGCCAGUGCUACGCGGCGGGCUCGCUGAACGGCUCGUGCGAGGACCCGAGCGGGCAGUGCCACUGCCGCAGCGGCGUCAUCGGCCGCGCCUGCGACUCCUGCUCCAACGUCUACGCAGAGGUCACGCCCAACGCCGGCUGCAAAGUUAUUUAUGACGGAUGCCCACGAUCGUUUUCAAACGGGGUUUGGUGGCCACGGACAAAGUUUGGUGUGGAGGCGGUAACUGAUUGCCCACCAGGUUCUAGCGGCAAGGCGACACGAAUCUGCGAUGAAAUACAAGUGAUCCCAUGGCAAGAGCCCGACAUGUUUAAUUGUUCAAGUUCUACAUUUUAUCAACUCCGAAAGCAGCUACAUAAAAUAGAAACUGGAGAAUUGACGGUAAACACGUUCGUGGGAGUUCGGCUUGCGGACGACUUGGCAAUGGCAUGUAUGAAAACAGCGCGACUCUAUGGCGCGGAUGUUCUCGUAGCCGAGGGUAUCCUACUCGAACUGCUACAGUACGAGCUACACCAAGCUGGACUCAACCUCACACACAGUCAGGACAAGGACUACGUCCGAAAUACAAUAAAAUCAGCAAACACAAUUCUGAACAUCGAGUACGACAAAGAAUGGCAACGUAUAAGAAAACUAACCGGACACGGCGUAGAACGCUUGCUGCAGAUAUUCGACAAGUACAUAUCAGUAUUGGCCGAAAGCCAGCACGAUACGUACACCAGCCCCUUUGAAAUUGUUACUAGUGAUUUAGUUAUUGGAGUGGACAUAGUGACCGCUGAAUCGAUAUACGGCUUCGAACCGACGCAACUCAACCGCUACAAUACUGAAUCGUUCACAACUGAACGUGUGGUACUACCGGAUACUUCCUCCUUUAUACACUCUCCCAUACAGCCUGGUUACUACGGAAACGGCAAAGCAAAAACAAAGAAACUGUCGAGUCCCACCGUCUCCUUUCCUAAAUACAAUAACUACGUCAGAAAUAAAAACAAAUUCGAUAAGUAUUCGAGAAUUCUUCUGCCACUGGAUUUACUUGGUAUAAAUAGUAAUACAGAAGAAAACAUGGUUGCAUCGUACGAAUCGCGCGCUGUGUUCUCUUACCUUCAAUAUUCACGAAAUACCUCACAGCUAAUGCCUCUGCGCAUGGACGACUCGGUUAGCCGACGAUGGGGAGUAAACAUAACCGUAGGCUCACCGAUACUACAGCUGGCCCUGUUUGUGCCAGAGUUUGUGUGGAAAAAGGAAGCGAGUGACAAUGAAAGCUUGGAUGGUACGGAAGAUAUGAUAG